UCUGUCUUGAAUUGAGUAUAAAUAUCGCGUUGACUAUAUAUACUGACUUCUAACACCAACUACCUCACCGUCCUAGACAAAACCACGAAGCUAUAAACAAACAUUAUCACCAUGGCUCCCGAAUACGAAACAACCUUUACCCGCACUCUUCCCUUCACGACCCACAAGAUUCCUCAAGAGCUGGUAGAGAAUGAAGAAGAGUUCUACAAAGCUCUCUGCGACAAAUUCGGGGCUUGGACAUGGGUAUGCGAGAGAAAAGAGGGGAAGUAUGUAGUUGAAACAAACAAGGACGCGCCGACAGACUUGAAGAAGGAUCUGCAGGAGAAGGGCGUCUUGAAGGGUGAUGAGCACCUGGUUCAAGCCGCCUCUUGAUUCAGAGCGGAUAUGAGGGUCGGGGCGGAGAUAAUAGAGAGCCCGCGCCAGAGAUUCGCAAUUCGGAACAUUUGCUCAAAAUGAAUGAUAUCGGUUAAUUAAUUGUAAAGCCUUAAAAGUAUAGCGCCGUUGUUUUGCUUGCCUCAGUGCGGGUGACAUUGACAUUGACAUGAGCAGACUCGAGCG